UUUCCUGUUGGAGAAGGGAAGGGGGAGCUGUUUUCUCUCUCUCUCCCCGCUCGCAGUAUAUUUUGUAUCCCUUUUCUCCUCCUCCUUCUCCUUCUCCUCCUCCUCCUCCUCCUCCUCCCCGGCUAUCUUUGUCUGGCUCGCAGCACCCCGCUCCAGCCCCGCACCCGUGCCCCGCCGCCGCCGGGACGCGCAGCCCCUGCCCGCCGGUGCCCGGCGCCGUUUCAUGCGAGGGCAGCGCCGCGGGGAGGGCUCGGAGGCGGCGGGGGCUCCGCCGCGGCGCUGGGCGUGAGCCCCCCAUGCGAGAGCGGGGCCGCGGCUGCCGCUGCCGGCUCCCGGCGUGAGCGCCGCCCCGCCGCCGGCCGGGCCGGGCCGGGCCGAGCCGUGCCGAGCCGUGCCAUGCCCGGGCGCGGGGCGCACCGCGAGGCUGCCAGAGGCUGCCGGCCCCGGCGCCGCUCCUACCGCCGCCGCCGCGACAUGGUGUGAGCCCGCUGCCGCCGGGGACGCGCGGGCACCCACCGACCCACCCACCGACCCACCCACCGACCGGCCGGCCAGGGCACCGCCGCCCGCCUCGGGGGGGGAUCCAGCCCCGCACCGCGGGGAGACAGACGGACCGCAGCACCCACUCUCCUUCCUCCUUCCUUCACCUCCCUCUCCCCCCUCCUCCUCCCACCAUCCAUCUAUCUAUCCAUCAUCCCCCCCCGCCAACCCCUCCCAAUGCUGAAGAGUUUCAACCCGGCGGGGCUGGAGUGAAGAAGGGAAGGGCGGAAGGGAGGAGAGGAGCUCCGUGCAAUCCACAGCUGCUUCGGGGAGGGGGGGGCGGCCUCGCUAUUAUUUAACAGAGAAGAAAAAAAAGGAGGAAAAAAAAAGAGACAGGAAAAUGGCGAACGAUUCUCCUGCAAAAAGUCUGGUGGAUAUCGACCUUUCCUCCCUGCGGGACCCCGCUGGGAUUUUUGAGCUGGUGGAAGUGGUUGGCAAUGGCACGUACGGGCAAGUCUACAAGGGUCGACAUGUCAAAACAGGACAACUGGCAGCCAUCAAAGUCAUGGAUGUUACCGAGGACGAAGAAGAAGAAAUCAAACUGGAGAUUAAUAUGCUAAAGAAAUAUUCUCAUCAUAGAAAUAUUGCAACUUAUUAUGGUGCUUUCAUUAAGAAAAGUCCUCCAGGACAUGACGACCAACUGUGGCUUGUUAUGGAGUUUUGUGGAGCAGGCUCUAUCACAGACCUUGUGAAGAACACGAAAGGGAAUACUCUGAAAGAAGACUGGAUAGCAUAUAUCUCCAGAGAGAUUCUCCGGGGGUUGGCACAUCUUCAUGCCCACCACGUGAUUCACAGGGAUAUCAAAGGACAAAAUGUGUUGUUAACUGAGAAUGCAGAAGUGAAACUCGUGGAUUUCGGUGUGAGCGCUCAGCUGGACAGGACAGUUGGCAGGAGAAACACUUUUAUUGGAACUCCAUACUGGAUGGCUCCAGAAGUUAUUGCCUGUGAUGAAAACCCAGAUGCUACGUAUGAUUACAGAAGUGACCUUUGGUCAUGCGGCAUUACAGCCAUAGAGAUGGCAGAAGGAGCUCCCCCACUUUGUGACAUGCAUCCCAUGAGGGCACUCUUUCUGAUACCCAGGAACCCUCCCCCGCGGUUAAAAUCCAAGAAAUGGUCAAAAAAGUUUUUCAGCUUUAUAGAAGGCUGUCUAGUGAAGAAUUACAUGCAGCGACCUUCUACAGAGCAACUCUUGAAACAUCCCUUUAUACGUGACCAACCAAAUGAAAGGCAAGUCCGAAUCCAGCUUAAGGACCAUAUAGACAGGACCAGGAAGAAGAGAGGAGAGAAAGAUGAGACGGAGUAUGAAUAUAGUGGAAGUGAGGAAGAAGAGGAGGAAGUGCCUGAACAAGAAGGAGAGCCAAGUUCCAUUGUCAAUGUGCCUGGAGAAUCAACCCUCCGACGUGAUUUCCUGAGACUGCAGCAGGAAAACAAGGAACGAUCCGAGGCCCUUCGGAGACAGCAGCUGCUGCAGGAGCAGCAGCUCCGUGAGCAGGAGGAGUACAAGAGGCAGCUGCUGGCAGAGAGGCAGAAGCGCAUCGAGCAGCAGAAGGAGCAAAGGAGGCGGCUGGAAGAGCAACAAAGAAGAGAACGGGAAGCUCGAAGGCAACAAGAGCGUGAGCAAAGGCGGAGAGAACAGGAAGAAAAGAGACGUCUGGAAGAAAUGGAGAGGAGGCGUAAGGAAGAGGAAGAGAGAAGAAGAGCAGAGGAGGAAAAGAGGAGGGUAGAAAGGGAGCAGGAGUAUAUCAGGCGACAGCUAGAAGAGGAGCAGCGGCACUUGGAAAUUCUACAGCAGCAGCUGCUCCAGGAGCAGGCCAUGUUACUGGAAUACAGAUGGCGAGAGAUGGAGGAACACCGACAGGCGGAGCGACUCCAGCGCCAGUUGCAGCAGGAGCAAGCCUACCUCCUGUCACUGCAGCACGAUCACAGGAGGCAGCAGCAGCAGCAACAGCAGCAGCAACAGCAGCAGCAGCAGCAAGAAAGAAAUAAACAAAGCUAUCAUACCCCUGAGCCAAAACCCCACUAUGAACCUGCUGAAAGAGCGCGUGAGGUGGAGGAGAGAUUUAGAAAAACUAAUCAAGGCUCCCCUGAAGCACAGUCUAAGCAGAUGGGCAAAGUAUUGGAGCCACCAGUGCCUUCAAGAUCAGAGUCCUUUUCCAAUGGAAACUCAGAACCUGCUCAGCCUGCCCUGCAGAGGCCAAUGGAGCCCCAGGUACAGUGGUCCCAUCUGGCAUCUCUCAAGAACAAUGUUUCCCCUGUCUCGCGAUCCCAUUCCUUCAGUGACCCUUCUCCCAAAUUUGCUCAUCACCAUCUUCGUUCCCAGGACCCAUAUCCACCUUCACGCAGUGAAGUGCUAAAUCAGAGUUCUGACUCUAAGUCGGAGGUACCCGACCCCACCCAAAAGGCUUGGGCUAGAUCAGACAGUGACGAGGUGCCUCCAAGGGUACCUGUGAGAACAACGUCCCGAUCACCAGUCCUGUCCCGCCGUGAUUCUCCACUGCAGGGCAGUGGGCAGCAAAAUAACCAAGCAGGUCAAAGAAACUCCACGAGCAAUAUAGAGCCUCGUCUGCUGUGGGAAAGGGUGGAGAAGCUCGUACCAAGGCCAGGCAGUGGCAGUUCUUCAGGUUCAAGCAACUCAGGCUCACAGCCUGGCUCCCACCCCGGGUCUCAGAGCGGGUCUGGAGAGCGGUUUCGGAUGAGAUCAUCAUCCAAAUCAGAGGGUUCUCCAUCCCAGCGUCAUGAAAGUGCACCUAAAAAGCCUGAAGAGAAAAAGGAAGUCUUCAGACCUAUCAAGCCUGCUGAUUUAACUGCAUUGGCAAAGGAAUUGCGAGCAGUAGAGGAUGUGCGACCUCCACAUAAAGUAACAGAUUAUUCAUCCUCAAGUGAGGAGUCAGGGACGACGGAUGAGGAAGAUGAUGAUAUGGAACAAGAGGGAGCAGAUGAAUCUACUUCUGGACCAGAUGAUGUCCGAGCAGUGUCAACAUUGAACUUGAGCAAUGGUGAAACAGAGUCAGUGAAAACCAUGAUCGUCCACGACGAUGUGGAGAGUGAACCUGCCUUGACUCCUUCUAAGGAGGGCACCUUAAUUGUCCGACAGAGUACAGUUGACAAAAAGCGUGCCAGCCAUCAUGAGAGCAAUGGCUUUGCCGGUCGCAUUCACCUCUUGCCAGAUCUCUUACAGCAAAGCCAUUCCUCCUCCACUUCCUCCACCUCCUCCUCCCCAUCCUCCAGCCAGCCGACACCCACCAUGUCCCCACAGACACCCCAGGACAAGCUAACUACUAAUGAGACUCAGUCCGCUAGUAACACACUCCAGAAACACAAAUCUUCCUCCUCCUUUACACCUUUUAUAGACCCCAGAUUACUACAGAUUUCUCCAUCUAGUGGGACAACUGUGACUUCUGUGGUAGGAUUUUCUAGUGAAGCAAUGAGAUCGGAGGCAAUAAGGCAAGACCCUACGCGGAAAGGAUCAGUUGUCAACGUGAAUCCCACAAAUACGCGGCCACAGAGCGAUACCCCAGAGAUACGCAAAUACAAGAAGAGAUUCAAUUCUGAGAUACUGUGUGCUGCCUUAUGGGGAGUGAACUUGUUAGUGGGCACUGAAAGUGGUCUGAUGCUGCUAGACAGAAGUGGUCAGGGGAAGGUUUAUCCACUCAUCAAUCGAAGACGAUUCCAGCAAAUGGAUGUACUUGAAGGGCUGAAUGUCUUGGUGACAAUUUCUGGUAAGAAGAACAAGUUGCGAGUUUACUAUUUGUCCUGGUUAAGAAAUAAAAUCCUUCACAAUGACCCUGAAGUAGAAAAGAAACAGGGCUGGACAACGGUGGGCGACUUGGAAGGCUGUGUGCACUAUAAAGUUGUAAAAUACGAAAGAAUCAAGUUCUUGGUAAUUGCAUUGAAGAGUUCUGUGGAAGUCUAUGCAUGGGCACCAAAGCCAUACCAUAAAUUUAUGGCCUUUAAGUCGUUUGGAGAAUUGGUACAUAAGCCAUUACUCGUGGAUCUAACCGUAGAAGAGGGUCAGAGACUAAAAGUGAUCUAUGGCUCCUGCGCUGGCUUCCAUGCUGUUGAUGUGGAUUCAGGAUCGGUCUAUGAUAUUUAUUUACCAACACAUAUCCAGAGCAGUAUCCAACCUCACGCAAUCAUCAUUCUCCCAAACACGGAUGGGAUGGAGCUACUGGUCUGCUACGAGGAUGAAGGAGUUUACGUCAACACGUACGGAAGGAUCACCAAGGAUGUGGUUCUGCAGUGGGGAGAGAUGCCAACUUCAGUUGCAUACAUCCGAUCCAACCAGAUUAUGGGCUGGGGAGAAAAAGCUAUCGAAAUACGAUCGGUGGAAACUGGACACUUGGACGGUGUGUUCAUGCACAAAAGGGCGCAAAGACUCAAGUUCUUAUGCGAACGCAAUGACAAGGUUUUCUUUGCCUCCGUACGGUCGGGUGGAAGCAGUCAAGUCUAUUUCAUGACCCUUGGCAGGACUUCUCUUCUGAGCUGGUAGAAGCAGUGGGAUUUGACGAGGAAUUGCUGACAUCCAGAGUCUGAGAUCUUCAUAACUCGGAAUUAUUUUCAACUGGAGUACAGACCUGCACUAGUGCAGCACUCUGUGUAAAUGUGUGUGCAGGCAUCACUGGUGUUAGGUUUCUUUUUGUUUUUCAACUGAGGCUGCGACGCAGCUGGUGCUGUAAAGAUAUUGCCAUCAGGUGCUACAAUGUCUUUGAGAUUUGGGAUCACGCUAGAAAGCUACAGGUCUUCUUUUCCCUUCAGCUCCAGGAUUCCUAGGCUUUGAAGGACUCUGUUUGUUAGUGUUAAAGCAGAGGGGGGGGGGGGGGAGGAAAAAAAAAAACCAAACCAACCCAGAUUUACCAUGAACAUGCUGUUGAGCAGACAGGAGGCAGGCAGGAGAAGGUGAGAAGGGGUGUAGAGAGUCAGACUGGCUGAAACAGAGGGCAGAUCUAGUCUAGUGAUGUUAACAAUGUAUUUAAUUGACAUUUCUUUUUUGUAAUGUGACAAUAUGUGGACAAAGAGGAAGGUGGAGGUUUUAAGAAGUUAAUAUUUAUAAAAUGUGAAAGACACAGUGACUAGGAUAACUUCUUCUUGGGGACAGGGAGGGUGGGAAGGGGCUCGGGGUGGAAUUCUUGGGUUUUUUUUUUUGUUUCUGCAGUUUUAUUUUGGCCUGGCCAAUAACUUAGUCAUUUUCUGUGUACCAGGUAUUGCCUGAAACAUGUGCAGAUGAUAAAAAAGAAAAAAAAGAAAAAAAAAAGAAAAAAGGAAAAAAAAUUCAUUUUCUAUAAUGAUUCUGUGUUAGGCCAGAACUUGGUUAUGUCACAGUAUUAGCACUGCCUCAGUUAAAGGUUUAAUUUUUGUUUAAACCUAGAAGUGCAACAACAGUUUUACCACAGUCUGCACUCGCAGAACUAAAAAAAGAAAAAAAAAAAAGAAAUAAAAUCCAAACUACGUAUGUUUAUUUUUUGUGCCUACCUCAUUGUUUUUAAUGCAUAAAAUAAAAGAGGUGGUUUAGUUUAUACGUUUUUAGAUGAAAACCAUUAAUGUCUAAUUUAAUCUUAAUACCAAAACUACCAGAUUGAAAGGUUUCUGACUGUUAUUGCGUAGCAAGUUUCAGCAGGAGGAGAGAGUGGUCCAUUGGGGCAAUAGUGGUAGCGGUAUGGCAGUGAGACACUGAUUAAUGUAAUUUGCUUACAAAAUUUGGUAAAGCAAGCAUUUUUUUAAACCAGUUUCAUCCUUAAUAGAAGUCUGAAUUUAGCCUAAAACCAGAGGUUUCACUCUUCUAACGCGUGGGCUUAGUAACAGGCAGGUAAAAAUAACUAGGCUAGUUCUAUAAACUGUUAAAUGUUGUAGGAACCAUUUUGGGGCGGUGAUGUUUUUCUUUUUUAAGAAUGCAAUGCACUAAAACUCUUUUAAGAAUGUAGUUAAUACUGCUUAUUCAUAAAAACAGCGUAUACCUGUGUUUAGAUGUAAGAUCCCAGCUCUGGCUUUUUUUCUUUCUUUUUUUUUUUUAAGUCAGUUUUAUUUUAUGAAUAAGUUCUGACAUUUGUAAUAAAUGUCUUGAGAGUAAUAAUUUGUUUAAUGGCUACAUGUUCAUUACUUGAGAAACCUUGAGUGUAUAAUAAUCCGUUGGUGUUGUAAUAAUGCACAGUGUCACAAUUCAGCCAUUUUCCUUUUUGUUUCCACUUUGUUUUCUUUUUUUUUUCUUCCUUCCCAAGUCCUUUGGUGGGGUACUUUGUUGACAGCUGCCUUAAGCUGUUCAUUCGGUGAACAGGCUCUCAGUGUUUCAUGGGCUUUGUCUUCUGCUGCGGUUAACUUUCCUUCAUGGCAUGACAGGUAGGGCUUCUUAAACACUUAUUCUUCAAUUCAGUCAAGCUGAUGGCUCGAGCGACUGGUCACACAAUCAAUUUAAGAGCCAAGAGCACCGAGUGUGCAAAGCUCAGACUCAACAGACCCUUCUUUUGGUGUCAAAUCUGACUGCUGUAAAUCCUUCAACCCUCAUCAGCGUUGCUGCUGAAGACUCUCCUUCGAAUACGGUGGACGGUUGAAAAGCGAGCGGUAAAUGCGUACCGCCAGCGCACGCGCGUGCACACACACCCCCCACACCCCCCAAAAGAAUCAAAACUCAAGAAAGCCUUACAUUUGCUGGCGGAGGAAUACUUAGAACUAUUUUUUUUUUUUAAUUGUAUGACUUUUGGAUAGCGUUGAAGGUGAAGGAUGCGUUCUUUUCAGGCCCGGUGUGGUCAGCCAGAAGAACGAUCAACCUUUUGUACUAUAAUGAACUCAAGGGGACUCGGAAACGCAACGUGAUGGUAGACGUGGGUGUAAUCACACAGCUGCCCUGUAGUGUAGUUUGCCGAAGCCGAUUCAAUCGAAUGUCAGUCUGCGUGAUUUAAAUCUUCCAGCGCUAUGUGGUCAAAAAUUAAUCUAGUCCUUGAAAGCUGAUGCUAUUCACCUGGAGGAAGAUGCUCCAGUACGGUAGGGAUGCCCAGGUCACGGAUACGUGCUGUUGAAGUUUUGAGGCUCCGUGGGGAGGGGGGGGGGAGAGAAUCUCCUUCCUUCGGUGGGGCUGCCCGCCUGGCGGCUUCUGCCUCCGCAGAAGUGCCAACGCGGCAAGGUAAAAACAGUAUUACGAAACCACUACGUGUACCAACAUCGAACUCUUCAAACAGUGCUUUUGUAAGCAAAGAAGAAAAGAAAAGCUCCUAGGUUUAGUUUUAAGCUUUAAUAAGUAAUAAUUUUCUGUAUCUUAAGUCAAAGUAACCCUAACUUGUAUGACUGCAGUGUUUUUAUUUUUUAUCUUAUGCACAUGUUAUGUUGGAGAAAAUGUUUACAAAAAUGGUUUUGUUACACUAAUGUGCAUCACAUAUUUAUGGUUUAUUUGAAAGUGAUUUUUGUGGGUUUUUUAGUUUUUCAUAGUAGUAGUAGUACACUUUUUGUGAUUUAUAACCCCAAAUUCUGCUGAUUAUAAAGAUGCUAAACAAUAAUACAAAAUGACAAACUGCAUUAAAAUUACUAAUCGUAGAGCUGCAAAGCAGACUGGUGACAAGUAAAACACUCAGCCUUUUUUUUGCAGUGCUAUCUAACUUGUCUUCUGUGUAUUAUGGAAAUUACUGUUUUUUCCCCGUUUUUCCUUAAAUAAAGUCAAAUUGACACCU